UAAAGCGUUUUUGUUUUUUAAGCUAAAAGCAGCGAGAGCUCGUCAGUUUUAAAUCUAAUAUUUUGUUGUUUUUGUUUCUUAAAAUUUGAAUAACCAUUUAUGUUUACUCAUUUAAACGCAGCAUAAUAAAAGAUAAUGAAAUUACUCAUCGUUUUGUUUCGUAUUUCGAGACAUAACAUUUUGAUUAACCUGUCUUGAUCAAGCAUUUCCACUUAUUAUUUAGCAUAUUCUCGAAAACAUGGCCAAUCAUUAUGACAUUCCCUCAUGGGCAGGAAAACCUCCGGUUGGUCUUCAUCUUGAUGUCCUUAAAAUUGAUAAGCUAAUUCAGUAAAACAUCUCUAAUGCGGACGCUAACAGCACAAAUUCUUUUGUCCACAAUAGAGGGGUGACCACUGGACAGUGAAGUCAGAACAAACAACAAAUUAAUGAUUGAUGAAAAGAGAUGUUAUCUUUUUGGGAGAAAUCCAGAGUUGAAUGACUUUUGUAUAGAUCAUGCAUCUUGUUCUCGAGUUCAUGCUGCUUUGGUAUAUCAUAAGCAUCUCAAUCGAACAUUUUUAGUUGAUCUUGGAAGUACUCAUGGGACUUACAUAGGUAGCAUUCGUUUGGAGGCACAUAAACCAACUCAAUUACCUGUAGACAGCAAAUUUCAUUUUGGGGCAUCCACUAGAAUGUACAUUUUACGAGAACGUCCUCAAAAAGCUGGGCGAACUUCAGAUGACCUUGAGAAGAAAAGCGAAGAACUGGAAGGUGGGCUACUGGGUCUUCCAGAAACAGAAACUGAAUUAGAUAACCUUACAGAAUUCAACACUGCUCAUAACAGAAGAAUUACUAUGUUGGGAAUAACAGAUGAAGAAAUAAAACCAGUCAACCGAAAAAGAAAAAGCAAUUCAGUAAGAUUUAACUACGAAGAAGAAAUAAUAAACCCUGAAGACAUAGAUCCUACUAUUGGCAGAUUUAGAAACUUAGUUCAAUCAGCCAUCAUUCCAAACAAAAGACAAAGAGAAGAGUCGUCCAAUUUGUUUGGAGCUGGAUUGACAUCAAAUCCAGCAAAAAGAAUGGCACAAGCAUUUCAUACAUCUAAUGACAUUUCUCGAUCAGACUCAGGACAUGGACCAAUUAGUCCUCUUUUCACGCCAUCUCUUUCAGUAAAAUUGGGUUUGCAUUUACCUAAUCCUGCACCAGAUAUUGACUUAGAACCACCAGAGACUUUACCAGAUUAUACAUUAACUGUUACCAAUGUCAAUGUUACCAAUGAAACAAGUUUGAUUCAAGAGCCAAAGAAGAAAAAGUAUGCAAAAGAAGCAUGGCCUGGAAAAAAACCAACUCCAUCACUGUUAGUUUAAUAUUCAAAUAACAAACUCCUUUCAAUAUUGGAAGAUACCUUUUGAAAACUUAAGUGUACUGUAAAUCAUAUGAAUGAUUUUUUGUUUUAAAUAAAGGAAAAAGUAUUGUUGAAUUUACUUUGUUCUGAAGCAUAUAUGAAAUGGAAGGCUUACAAAGUGCAUUUCUUUAUAAUGAUAAGAAGAAGAUAAGUUCUUCAAAAAAGGAAAAAAGAAAUCUUCAGAUUGAAUUGGUUUAUCUAGAGACGCAAGUUAAAGAGACCUGAUGAAGUGUUCCUUUGUUUGAAAAUAUAUGUUUUUCUGAUUUUGUUUAUGAUACUAUUCAAAAGAAUGUUUCCUAAUAAUUUAUCAUUGUUAAUUUUUUAGCAAUAUUUUUUGAAUUAUUAAAUUCUAUUUGUAAAAUUUUGGCCCAUUGUUUCCUCAUAAAUGCUUACAAUUAGUAGUUCUGUCAAUUUUUUAGCAUUAAAAAUUUUGUUUGAUUCUCCAAUCGCAAAAAGUUUCAAGAAAAAGGUAAAUGUAAUAUCGUUUGCUUUCCAUUCAGUCCUCAUUCUUCUCUAGUUUAAAUAUUAGAAUUAUGGCAGAAAUGUGGGUGUUAGAUUGAGGAUAUAAUGUUAAUUAAUAUAGGGACUGGAUGCAUCUUGAAUUUCAUAUUCACUUUAAAAGAGUUAAAAAGUAUAAAAAAAGUAUAUGUGUAAUACUUAUUCAAUUCAUUAUUAUUGUUAGAUUAUUUAAAAAUAUAUUAUAAAACCAUUUUACUUUAAAUAAACAAAAAAUUCAGAUAUGUGUAUUUUAAAUAUUCAGUUUAUUGCGAAGAAAGAAGUUGUAGUUUGCAUGUCGUUCACAAAAGAAACUCCUACCACAAUGCCUAAUGGAUGGUGAUUGCUAUGAAAUGAACCAUGUUCUUUAAAGAAGUUAGCAGGUAUUCUUUGUUAGUAAUAUAUUGCCAUUUGAAGUAAAAAAUUUUGUCUUUGCAAAUUAAAUAUAAUCAAAGCAGGGAAAAAAAAAUCGGAGUUGAUGCUAAAUGCACCAAAAUGGUACUUUUUGGUGUUCCAUUAUUGUAAACUUCCUUUGGAAAAAAUGUGAUUUACCUCAUUGCCAAAAUGGCAGUCAAACAAGGGCAUUUUGGUGUGAGUUUUCUCAUGAACAACAGACUGUAUAUGAUUAUUUCAUGCUUUGAUAACUUCGUUUUCAAAAAAAAAAAGUUUAUCCUUGUAAUAUCAUCAAAAAAAAAAAAAAAAACAAUUUUGAAAAGUCUAAAUUUAUUCCUCUGGCAUUGUCUUUUUUUUUCUGCAAUGCACUUUGUUAUAAAGUGAUUUAAUGAGAAGUAACGUAAACAAUUACCACGUAAACAAUAAAACCUUUCUUGAAAUUAUUUUUUAGUAAAAAUUAAUUAGAGAGCUACAUUAUAUGUUUGUCCAGCAUAUAGAAAAUAUCCUAAAUUAAUUUAUCAAAAUCAACAAUUUUAAUUAAAAUAACUAGAAACUAGUUCAUUUAAAAAACAUAUGGAUCUAAUAAGCAAUAAAUGCUUAUUUUAUUUGAUGUGCAUGAAGCAGAAAGAACUUCAGUGUAAAGCAGGGGUCUCCAACCUGCGGCUCACUAACAGAUUUUGUCAGGCCCUGGGGAAGCUUACCAACCAAAAGAGGUGUUUUUGUUUUGAUGAUAUAUUUUGUUCUGAGCAAUUUUUAAGAAAACUAAGCACAAAAAAUCAAAAACCAUUACUGAGCGCUUAAUGAAAGAAAGUUCUUAGAGGUGUAUUUCUGGUUUAGUGGAGACGUUUUUAUUUGGAAGAACAUGCUUUUUUUUUUUUGGCGAGAGUACCACUGCUUUCUCCUUCAAGUUCAUAAUUUUUGCAUUGUGAUUGGCCAAUUUGUGUUGAAACUGGCAACAGUUCCAGUAAUGUUUUAUUUCUAAUUAAUCUGCUAUAGGGGAAGUGGACAACAUUUUUUUUAAAAAUUCAUUUUAUUUUAGUAAAUAUGUGUGGAAUUGAUAACUGCAAGUAUUAUUUUCAACCUGCAUUAUGAAUACACAUUAAAUAAUUUUAUGAAUUUUAAAAUUUUAUUUCAUUGCUAAAGUUUUUUUAUUGUUACAAGAUAUGCAAAUGUAGUCAUGAGAAUGGAAAAUAGAUUUUAGGUCAUGUUAUAAGUGCAGUAAAAGUGAAAUAAAAAAUGCC